UUUGAAAGAAAAAAGUAUGACGUUUUAUUAUAAAGGUAUGACUUACGAAAUGAAACAGUAUUUCAGAUUUAUUUACAGAACGGACACCAUCAAAUUAGGAUGCACACUAAUAUCCGAGGACACGCAUGCUCAAAAGAUAUUGCAAGGGGUGGAAAGUGGAACGUUGGUGUCAGAAAUGAAAACAAGUGGAGAGUAGAGUACUGACCGAGUGGCCAUGACAUCUUCAGGCUUUGCUAUGGAUGACCCUGAUUUUCCUCUUUUAAGAUGUACUCCAAAUUGCACCAAACUGGUUCUGUUCUUCGGUUGGUUAAACGCCAGCCCACGAGCUGUAAAGCGCUAUGUCCAUCUCUACCACAGUUGUGGCUACGAUCUGCUAUACAUUAAUGGCCAUGUGACACAAUUUGUGUGGCCCCCCAACUCUUUAAAGCUAGCUAGGAGGUUGUUAGAAUAUGUGGAUAAACUUUCCGUAUACCAAGACAUUCUAUGUCACGCUAUUUCUAUCGGGGCAUACAAUUACACCAGCUGUCUAAUGGUUUUGAAAGACUCUCCAAAUCAGUACAAUUCCUUGAAGGCACGCCUUCGUGGGAUAAUUUUCGACAGUCUGACUCUGGGGUCCACAGAGAGGAUGAAGAACGGGGUAAAACACGGACUGACACAAAACCGACUGCUCCAAUUUCUUAUCCCUCGAUUAUUGUCAAUUUACUUUUGUCUGACAUAUAAUCACACUCUCAAGUUUUUUGAAAGAGGAGUAGACAUUUUUAUCAAGUGCCCUCUGCAUAUUCCAACGCUGUUUGUGUACAGUCGAGACGACCCGAUGUGUGAUGCUGAGACUGUAGAUGAUAUCAUUAAAAAAUGGCGGAAAGAGUUUGAUUUUACUGUUUCUUUUGUGUGUUGGUCGAAGUCUAAACAUACAAUGCAUAUUAAAGAACAUGAAAAAGAUUAUAUGGAGGCAUUCAGAGAUUUCAUGAAACGUGUUCAACAGCAGUCUGAAAGUUCACAACGCAAAUCUAAACUCUGAGGAGGAAAGGAAAGCUCAACUGUUCUCAAUAGAUUUCUUUUUUUAACGUUUAAACUUUGAAUUUCAACAGCAUUGGAUUCAAAUGGUAAAUAGUAUAUUGCCUUCCAAGAAAGAAAAAUGAUAUUUCAAUACAGUGUCUUUGAGUUGGUAUGUCCCCGGUAAAAUUCUGGAUCCGCAAGUACAUAAAUCGCUACAUCUCAGAAUAUUCCACUACAUGUAUCUGUGCUAAUGAAAAAAAUGAAGAGGGGAAAAUCCAUCACCAGUUUUAGCGUUAUCUUUUUUAAAAGUAUUUUUCGUAGAAAAAUGUACUACUGAUGAAAACAGUGUACAUAUGAAACAUUGCUGCAGUUUGAAAAUUGUUGAUAAACAG